AUGAAAAGCAGAUUGCUUUGCUGCGCAGCUGGUCUUAUCAUGGCUGCAGCGGCACACUUUGGAGAUGCACCGUUGCCUACCUACUUUUUCACCUUUGGCGAUUCGUACAGCAUGACUAGCUUUGAUGUGUACGGCGAACAAGCGACGCCUCAAGAUCCGAUGGGGAAUCCAGCACUGGGCACUGGGACAACAGGAGGAGGUAUCAACUGGAUAGGCUAUCUAACGACAGCAGAUAACGACUCGCUCGUCUUGAGCUACAAUCUCGCAGUCGGUGGAGCAACAAUUAACAAUAAUCUCAUCAAUGCCGGAGUAGAAGACAUGACGACACAGGUUGCUACGUUUUUAUCAGUAUAUGGCGAUAAGCCUGGGAUAGCGCCAUGGGGCUCUGAGAAUACAGUCUUCGGCUUUUGGAUCGGAAUCAAUGACGUUGGCUGGGCAUAUUCCGGUGGGAACGCUAGUGUUGUUGUACCAGAGCUCAUGGCCUCGUACGAAUUGCUCGUGAAGCAAAUAUAUGCCAAGGGAGGACGGAAGUUCUUGUUCUUGAAUGUUCCGCCGACUAGCCGCAGUCCCUAUAUUCUCGAUCAGGGGGUACAGGCUUCAAGAGAACAUGCGGCGUGGCUUGCGGUUUUUAACGAGCAUCUUAAGUUGAUGGUGUUGAGGUUUCAAGAUGAACACCCCGAUGUUCAAACCGUUAUUUACAAUUCCUGGAAUUUCAUGACAGGCGUUUUGAACGAUCCGCAUAAGUAUGGAUUCCCGAAUAACACGUGCAUUGAUGAUGAUGGGACAACUUGUGUGUGGUGGAACAACUACCAUCCUGGACUAAAAUACCAUGCGUUGCAGGCUAGGGAUAUGAAGAAGUACCUUUCUCCAUUCAAGGCAUGGUAG